GGAGGCGGAUGCCCGCGCCCUGGGUGGUGCGCGCCCCCCGCCCUGCCAUUCACAGGUUACGUGAGCCCGCGGCCCCCAAAGUCCGUCCUCUCGCUUAGGCGGCUAGCGCCGGAGGGGAGGGGACAGCCAGGAAGGCAGGAAACUGCGGCUUAAAAGGGCAGCCCUCCCUGGGCCCUUCCUCCCUCCUGCCGAACCCGGGCCUCCGAGAGUGUCUCUGCUACCCGGCCUCAGCCGCCCCGCCGCCAUGUACCGCUGCCUGGGCGAAGCGCUGCUGCUGUCCCGCGCCGGACCCGCCGCCCUGGGCUCCGCUGCGGCCGACUCGGCCGCACUGCUGGGCCGGGCCCGCGGGCAGCCCGCCACCGCCACUGUCGCCGCCCCGCAGCCCGGGCUCGCGCCGCCCGCCCGGAGACACUAUAGCGAGGCGGCGGCCGACCGCGAGGACGACCCCAACUUCUUUAAGAUGGUGGAGGGUUUCUUCGACCGCGGAGCCAGCAUCGUGGAGGACAAGCUGGUGGAGGACCUCAAGACCCGGGAGAGCGAAGAGCAGAAGCGGAACCGGGUGCGCGGCAUCCUGCGGAUCAUCAAGCCCUGCAACCAUGUGUUGAGCCUGUCCUUCCCCAUUCGGCGUGACGACGGCUCCUGGGAGGUCAUCGAGGGCUACCGGGCCCAGCACAGCCAGCACCGCACGCCCUGCAAAGGAGGUAUUCGUUACAGCACUGAUGUGAGUGUAGAUGAAGUAAAAGCUUUGGCUUCUCUGAUGACAUACAAAUGUGCGGUGGUUGAUGUACCAUUUGGGGGUGCCAAAGCUGGUGUUAAGAUUAAUCCCAAGAACUAUACGGAUAAUGAAUUGGAAAAAAUCACAAGGAGGUUCACCAUGGAGUUGGCAAAGAAGGGCUUUAUUGGUCCUGGUGUUGAUGUGCCUGCCCCAGACAUGAGCACGGGCGAGCGGGAGAUGUCCUGGAUUGCUGACACGUAUGCUAGCACCAUAGGGCACUAUGAUAUUAAUGCCCAUGCCUGUGUUACUGGUAAGCCCAUCAGUCAGGGAGGAAUCCAUGGACGAAUCUCUGCUACUGGCCGGGGAGUUUUUCAUGGGAUUGAAAACUUCAUCAAUGAAGCUUCUUACAUGAGUAUUUUAGGAAUGACACCAGGAUUUGGAGAUAAAACAUUUGUUGUUCAGGGAUUUGGGAAUGUGGGCCUGCACUCUAUGAGAUAUUUACAUCGUUUUGGUGCUAAAUGUGUUGGUGUUGGUGAAUCUGAUGGGAGCAUAUGGAAUCCAGAUGGUAUUGACCCAAAGGAACUAGAAGACUUCAAACUGCAACAUGGAUCAAUCCUUGGCUUCCCCAAGGCAAAGGUCUAUGAAGGGAGCAUCUUGGAGGCCGACUGUGAUAUACUGAUCCCUGCUGCUAGUGAGAAGCAGCUGACCAAGUCCAAUGCACCCAGAGUCAGAGCCAAGAUCAUUGCUGAAGGUGCCAACGGACCGACAACUCCAGAAGCUGAUAAGAUUUUCCUGGAGAGGAACAUUAUGGUUAUUCCAGAUCUCUACUUGAACGCUGGAGGAGUGACAGUGUCUUACUUUGAAUGGCUGAAGAAUCUAAAUCAUGUCAGCUAUGGCCGUUUGACCUUCAAAUAUGAAAGGGAUUCUAACUACCACUUGCUCAUGUCAGUUCAAGAGAGUUUGGAAAGAAAAUUUGGAAAGCAUGGUGGAACUAUUCCCGUUGUGCCCACAGCAGAGUUCCAAGACAGGAUAUCGGGUGCAUCUGAGAAAGACAUCGUGCACUCUGGCUUAGCAUACACCAUGGAGCGUUCUGCCAGGCAAAUCAUGCGCACGGCCAUGAAGUAUAAUCUGGGAUUGGACCUGAGAACAGCUGCCUAUGUCAACGCCAUAGAGAAAGUCUUCAAAGUGUACAAUGAAGCUGGUGUAACCUUCACAUAGGCGGAUUGGGACUGGCUGCUCCACUACCUUCUUCACCUCUUCAUCUGCAGGCCUAUCACAAGUUUACAUGUAACCACAGAAAUCUCUCUCUGCCGACUUACUAGAUAGAUAAGGACACCGCUCUCAACAAGUCAAUCCGAAUCAGCCCCUUAAGAGGAAAGAAGUUAAGGUUAGGGGAUCAUGUACAAGCUGAUGAGUAUUGAAAGUAGAAAUUACCUAUGCCAUACAGCCCCUGGGUAUUUCACCUUUAAAUAAAGUAUCUUCCAUCUGCUUAUGCUGCCUUGCUCCACGGCUGCUUCCCACCAUGGCCAGAGCUGUGGCCCCAAAAGGCACCUGCUGUCCAAGAGCAGUCAGUUGCUUAAUGCUUCAGCUCUGGACAAGUCUGAGACAUGCUGUCACUUUGACACAUUUAAGAAGCAGUUGUGUGGCAUUUCAGAAGGUGGCGUGGUCCCCAAGUGGAUUACUGAUACUUUACAUCAGCAAAAGAACUCAAUUUUACAGGCUGCAAACAAAAAUAAAAGCUGUUUUGCUUCAUACCUUUUAUUCUUUUAGAAUUAAAAAAAGUACAUGCCGCUGUAAUAAAAUUGCCUUUAAUCACUCAACAAGCCUAUAACCUUGACUGAAGCAGUGAAUGCCUGUAAACAUAAUAAUUGAAAAAGGCUAGUAUUUUUUUAUAACAUAGAAUAAUAUCAUUUGUAGCUUGUCAAUCAUGAAUUGUCCAGCAAAAAUUAAAAACACGAUGGAGAAUUAAGUUAUCUUCAUGCCUGCAAAUGAUGGACUCUAUUUUUAAGACUGUUAGAAUUUACUAACCAUAAUUGAUGACAUAUAUAGUCCAAAUAAUACAGUAAUCUUUAUCAUGUUAAUUGCUCUUCUCUUUGGAAGAUCUGUUAUGUUGACUAAUUGAACAGUAAUUCAAGUAGAGUAUCCCAGAAAAAAUACUUGGGCUCCCUCUUUGGAGCCUGGCGGGCACCUCUGAGCGUUGCCAAUGGCCCCAACUUGCCCUGACUGUUCUCUUUCACAGGUGCAUUCACUGGGCUGGAAACCUUGGGUUGAGCAUUUUGUUUGGGAGUUAUUUGGCCAGAGCCUUCUGAACAGUAGUGACCCAGUAAAGUACUAGAAUAUUAUUUAUGUAAUAAUGAGCUUUUUUUUUAAACAAUAAUAUCCUUUCAGAAAUUUCUAACUACUUUGUAACUGCAUGACUUAACCUGGUGAUAAAGGCAGUUAUUAAAAGUCUACCUUUUCCACA